AACGUGGAAGAUGUCGGCCUCGUUAGUCCGGGCCACUGUCCGGGCUGUGAGCAAGAGGAAGCUGCAGCCCACCCGAGCCGCCCUCACCCUGACACCUUCAGCAGUAAACAAGAUAAAACAGCUUCUUAAAGAUAAGCCUGAGCACGUAGGUGUGAAAGUYGGUGUCCGAACUAGGGGUUGUAAUGGCCUUUCUUACAYUCUGGAAUAUACAAAGACAAAGGGAGAUUCUGAUGAAGAAGUUGUUCAAGAUGGAGUCAGAGUGUUCAUCGAAAAGAAAGCACAGCUGACACUUUUAGGAACAGAAAUGGACUAUGUUGAAGACAAAUUAUCCAGUGAGUUUGUCUUCAAUAACCCAAACAUCAAAGGAACUUGUGGCUGUGGAGAAAGCUUUAAUAUUUGAAACCUCA